GGUUUCGUCGCACGUAAUCGCGUGGACCAAAUACUAGCAAAGAAAAAUUCCCGAUCUCGUUUGCUUCUUCUCCCCGCAGUUAUUCAGUUUCAAAACCAUUCAUGUUUCACUAACUAUAUAACUCCACAUAAACUACUCUACUCAUUCUUCACAGCAAAAUGGGUGUAGGCAUUUCAGUACUAAUAGCCCUAAAAGCAACACUACUCUUCCUCCUCUUCGCAUACCUAAAAAACCUAGGCUUCUCAAUUCUAUCCCUCCCUUUUCUCUACUCUUCCCUAGUCUCCUUCCUCGUUUCACUCGCAUCUCAUCCUUCCAUCGAUCUCCCACUCCUCCUCGGCAAAACCUCUGACGGAACAUUCCCGAUUUCAUCCCUAAUUAUCUUCAGUCCUUAUCUCUACUUCGUUAGACUCUUCUCCGCUGUUCGCAGACGGCGGAGCGGUGAACCGGCUUUUAAUGAGGUUUAUGACGGGCUUUAUGUUGGUGGUUGGCCUUCUUCGCCGGAGAAGUUGCCGCCGGGGGAUCCUGCUGUUGUUGAUUGUACCUGUGAGUUUCCGAGGUUGAAGGGGUUUACGGGUGGGUUGCCGUAUAGGUGUGUUCCUACUUGGGAUACUAGGUCUCCCAAACCGGCUGAUAUUGAAUUGGCUGUUAAAUGGGCUUGCAGGAAAAGGGAUCUUAAUAGGCCGGUUUUUGUUCAUUGUGCUUAUGGUCAUGGGAGAAGUGUUGCUGUUAUGUGUGCACUGUUAGUAGCACUAGGCAUCUCCGAGGAUUGGAAGACUGCUGAAAAGCUGAUAAAGCAAAAACGGCCUUACAUUCGCAUGAAUGCCCUCCAUCGCAAGGCACUCGAAGAAUGGUCCGCAGACAGAUUGUCCGUGCCAAAGAGUAAAAGAUAUGGGGGCGGAUUAGUUGACUAAAUCUGAAUGUUUUUGUCAAUCACAGUUUGAUGGUUUUCCAAACAGUACCGAAUGGAAGGAAAAAAAAAAGGUGUAAAAAUAGAUUCUGCCUGUGCCUCUACUUUCUUAGCAUUAUUGUUUUCCAAUUAAUCUAAAACCUGUUCUCUGGUUAUUGGCUUCUUCUGCUCGAACAUGAUAGUGGAAACUCAUGAGUUGAACAAUGGAAUGCUCAUAUUAUGAAAAGCCGGAACACCAUAGAAAAGACCGUUUCAUCUUGUAAUGCCCAUGGAUAAUGAUUAUGAGUGUAGUUUGUUGCAAGUUAUUAUGAUUUAUGUCAACUGAUAAACUGUCUGGCUCAAAGCUCAUGUUGUUCUUAGCAUAAGGCUGAGUUAUUGUUUGUUCUGAAAUUGCUUAUGACACAAUGCAAAAACACGUGCAGGGCUGCAUGAUGUAGAGUCAAUUCUAUUGUUGUAAUAUUGUUGUAUGAUAGUUUGAAUGUUCUAAAGAUCUUAGUUGGAAAAAAUUGAACUCAGUAUUUAA